UUUCUUAGGAAAAGUCUUAUUCAAUUGAUAUUUGAACAUCGUUUCCUUGGAUGAAUGCAUGUUCAAAGUUAUAAACAACUGAAAACUGCAUACAGAAUAUAAAAAAUUCUUCAAUCAAAAUUGGUAGUUCUCAAUCUCAGUUACAUAGUUUUUAGCAAUUAUUAUAAUUUGUGAACAACUGCAACGCAUGACGAAUGAAACACUGUCAAAAUGAUGGAAUACCCGCCGAGCUAUGACACAACCCCAUUCACGGCAAGUACAGUGGAAGCGCUCUGGCGAAAAAAUGUACUUUCAGAAAAAAUUCCAAGCAAAGAAUGGGAGAACUACACUGAUAGUUUGGGAGACAGCAAGUUGCACGUUCAAAUGGGUCUACUCGAGAUGGCUCUGCUUUCUGAAAAAGUGGUCAUGAACAGAGUGGCUGAGUGCACUCUCUCCCCCCUGCAAACCGAAAUACUUGCCACUCUGGUGCCUGAUGAACUCAUCGAUCAACCAAACUUUCAAGGUAAACCAAAAAGUAAGUUCGUUGGUGUGCUUAUGUUUGGUGACGUGUCAGGAUUCACAGCAUUGUGUGAAACGUAUAAAAAAAUGGGGCAAAGCGGCACGUACAAGCUAACGGUGACACUGAACAGCUACAUAGGAGCUAUGGUCGAUGUCAUCUACUCAUUUGGUGGUGACAUUAUCAAGUUCUCAGGAGACGCAUUUCUUGCUGUCUGGAAAGUGACCAUAAAUGAUUAUAUUUAUUCAGUCAUUCACAAGGCGAUUCAGUGCGCGGUGUCCAUUCAAUAUUCACUGGGCAGCUAUAACACCGAUGUGAAUGUCUUGCUCAGGGUGAAACUAGCCAUUUCUUGUGGUAAUUGCAUGUUUUCCUGCAUUGGCGAGAACAAUUGCAAAUACUAUGUUAUCUACGGCCAACCAGUUGACGAUGUCAAAGUUGCCCAAGACUUGUGCAAGUCUGGCGACAUAAUUCUGGCAUCGUCUGCCUGGAAUCAUUGUAGUCUUGACAAUUACCUGUAUUCUUGGAUCGAUAAGUUCCACAUAAAAAUCGAUCGAAUCGUCUACCAUCCUUUGGAGCUGCAUAAUAAAAUUGUGCCACUGCCUGUGAGGGAGAGGAUCGACAUUGAUAAAAAGUAUAAGAAUGAAAUUUUGCGAUUCAAGAAUAUUGGAAAUAAUGAAAAUAACCACGAGACAAUUUAUCACGAGGAGAAAAAUUGUCGGCCGGAAGUCAAGAAAGCGGCAGAAAGAAAUAUUGGCGCAAGUUUGAGACAAUUUGUUAUCCCUCCUGUUGUUGCUCAGGUAUGCGUAUGUUCUCCUUAUUCAAAUUCAAAUUAAACUAAUAAAAUUAAUAUUUAGAUCAUGAUAAAUUAUGUAGUAUGUUUCAUUAAAGAAGAUAGUGUACUCUUUCCAUAUAUUGCAUGGCCUUAUAAAUUCCCAUUCAGUUUAGA